AUGGGUAGAAGGAGAACCCACAGCAGCAGUAGCUUCCUUUGCGGGGGAGGGUGUGGAUAUCAGGUGGAAACGAAUGGUGCACAAAAGAAGUACCUCCAAAGUGUAGACCCCAAGCACGCAGAUGAAAAGCUACGGACUGAAGGAAAGUUUGACGAGGAAAAUUUUUUGGACGAUAAAAGACAAAUCAAUAGCCGCAGGUGCAACAAAAUGGCACUACCCCGAGGAAGCAGGGAUGAUAACAAAAUGGAAAGCAAGCAAAUGUUAUACCUUUCCAAACCUAGGAAUGAAUAUGAUAAUAAUUCAUCCAAGAAAAAGUGGUCAGAGAAAGAAAUAGAGGAACUGAUAUUUAAAUAUAAGAAGAAUAACAGUUAUGAAUCUGCGCAGAAAAAAAAACAUUUUGAUAAAAGGCACACUCAGCACUAUAUGAGAACAAAUUACGAUUCGAAUUUUUAUCGUGAUGAUGUACUAUUUCGCUCGGAAAAUGAUCCUAGAGGUGUGUAUUUCGACAGAGGCCUAUCCGCUGGGACUAUGGAAGCUACCACCGCGCCCACCACCCGAGCAGAUGGGGACAAGGUGGAUAAUUAUGUUGGUCUAUCCCCUUCAAGUAGAAGAAGACAGAACUUGAGAGAAUCCCCCGAUGGAAGCUAUUACCACCGAGUAAGUGAGCACACAGAUUACUGUAAAAGGGAUAGCAUUAUCAGUGAUUUAUCCUGUGCGAGUGAAUUUUUGCCGUCCACAUGCAAAGGGGACAACGAUAGGGAGGAGGGUGUGAAACACAGGGGAAGACGCACUACAUGGAGGGAUUCCCAUAGGUGCAUCUCUUUCAAUAGCGAUGAUAAUCGCGGAGAGUAUUCCAAAUGUUACAAAAAACGGUUAAGUGAAAAUGUAGUCGAAGAUAAUCGCAGAAAUAGCAUGGAUCAUAUGAAUCAGUCAGGCAAAUUAAAAGAUGUAGGAAAUAAGAACGGAGAGGAAAUUGACUUGACGGAAGAAUAUUCUGACGAAGAAUCGAAGGAAAAAAAAAUGUGCCGUAAUUACUCAAAAGGUGAAGAAAAUUUAUAUACGACUUUUCUUCAUUUAACGAACAAGUAUGAAAAAAUAAAAAAUAAAAAAGUUGAAAAUGAUAAGGAAGACUUUAACGUAGAUGAAGAAGAUAUGAGGUCGAGAAUCAUGUCCUGCAAGGGGGAUCAUCUAAGACAGAAUAAACUAAUUAGAGAUUCCCUACCAAGUGACAAUACUUCUUCGAGCCAUUUUUACAAAAACAGAGAAUCCAAUUUUGAUAAGAACAGAGAAUUAUUCGAUACAGACAGAAAAAAAAAAAAAUAUGCAAAUAUAGUCGAUAUAGAAAAUUACGUAAAAGGGUACAAUGCAAAGAGAAGCAGAUUUUCAAGGAGGGAUUCUAAUUAUAAGGGAGAAAGAGUGUUCAAGGGUGUGCCCUGUUAUGAUGAUAUUCUCAAGCACAGUUCAGAUGAUUUCUGUAGCGAUGGAGUUUAUCCCAUAGGAAAAGGAUCCAAAGAUGGUAUACAAGGUAGCAGCUCGUGUUAUCCUGAAGGGGGAAAAAUAAACAAGUCGUUAAGGGGCAGUUCAGUCAAGCCAUUUAACCCUCCCCAUACGCUAGAUGAAGAAUCCUUCAGAGGAGUUGUUACAAGGAAGGGAAAAAAUAUCCCUACAUAUGUACGUUCAGGUGAAAAGGCAAAUCAUUUUAAUAUAGACGAUAUGAAAAUAUAUUCGAACCGUUUCAAAAAUAUGCAGCUAAAUGAUAGACCCCGCUCGCAUGAUUCCAAUGAUUGCUCCACCUUAUAUAAUUAUGCAAACAUCGCCAAAAGGAGAACUACAGAUUAUUGCGACAGUGAUGCCCAUUUAAACAGCUCACCGAGAGCUUAUUAUACCUCUGCUGUUAACGAUGCCUGUGGAAAAGGCAGAGACAGAUUUUCAUCCCUUCUCAGUAGCAUUCAAACAAAAAACAAGUCCCAAAAUGAUGAUCCCAAAUUUUCUCAUUUUAAAUCUACUACGUUGAGGGAUUCUUACGUAGAGGGGGAUUACGAGACAUGCCCGCUUUAUUCGUACACCACGAAAAAUACGCACCUUGAAAAGUCGUAUAAGGAAGGAAAUUUGCCACCUCCUCGAGGGAAAUUACCAAGUAGAAGAAGCAGGAAAGUGGAAGAUGAUUCACCGGUGUCUAAGCGUAACAUGCCUGAUGUGGUGGAAGUCGAAAAUAUCAGUUAUCCUGAUGAACAUUUUCACGUUAGCAGUAGAGGAGACCACCACAGUCGGAGUCAUUAUCCCCCAAUUGACUUCAGUGGGAACACUAACGAUGGGUCGUACGGAGGGAAAUGUCGUACGGGCGAACUCCCCACAGAUACACAAAAACAAUGCUUGCGUAACUCGUGGCCGGAAAAAAAACAGAUAAAGAAUCUCCUAACUUACCUUUCUGACCAAGGGGGAGAAGAAAGGAGCAAGUUCUUAAGAAGCAUAGGAAAGAAAUACCUCCUCACCCAAGGGGAAGAUUUACUAAAUAGUAUUCUGAAGUUGAAAAAAAUGAAAUCAUCAAGACAAGUUCGGCACGAUGCGGAUCAAGGGGGGUAUGAGAACCAUAGAUCCAAGAAGCGAUAUGAGAAGGAACGGGAUGUGAAUAAUCACAGUUGGAAGUGCGACCCCUAUGGGCAGAGUAGUAAAGCCAAUGUAGGUGAGACAGUUUCGUUUCAGUAUUUGAAGAAUCGUUCCUACACGAGGCCCAUGCAUGUGCGCGACUUUGAUGUGGGUCAUACCCAGGCUGCCAAUUGCACCAAUGGUGUGGAUGACCGCGAAGAUUUCGAUUUGUGUGACCACGGGUAUAGUGGCGAAUACGGUGAAGAGGACAUCGAAGAGCAUACGGAAAAGGAGGAACGGAACCCAAGGUCCCAGGGCUCUUCCUACUGUCGCGACGUAUUAUUCCUUCUCUUCCUUUACCUCUUAAAAAUUUUAUACUAUUUAGUCAGAUACCUUCUGCGUUUUGCACUGCUCCUCAUGGUGUAUUUUUACCAUGCGAUGCGCACAAAAUCUCUUUCAACGAUAUUCAUUUCAGUCGUAGUUGCGGUUCCUCUAUUUUUGUUCCUUCUUUCGGUGCUUAUAUUAUCUUACAGAAGCGUGAACAUGGAAUUCUUCGAUCGGGACAUUUGA